UUUCAAGUAGUCAAAGCACGAUUUUGGGAUGCAAACACACGUGAAAAAUAUGAAUGUUAUGUGGCCACUUUGAAAUUAAGCAAUCAUCAUGGCAAUAUAAGAAUCCUUGUACUACUGCUACUGCUACCACCAUCCAAUUCUUCCUUUGCAAGAUAAAAAGUUUUCGGAAUAUCUUCGCUGUCAGCUUCAGCAAUGGCUUCUGGUGUCAAAGAGGUGCUUCCACCUUCGCUUGAUUCUUCCUCAGAACCACCUCCUGACAUCUUUGACGGAACCACCAAGUUGUUCACAGCCUACAUAUGCCCGUAUGCACAACGUGUGUGGAUCACAAGGAAUUAUAAGGGAUUGCAAGAUAAAAUAAAAUUGAUCGCUAUGGACCUAGAUAAUAGGCCAGCCUGGUACAAGGAGAAAGUUUACCCAGCAAACAAGGUGCCAGCUCUGGUACAUAAUAAUGAAGUCAAAGGAGAGUCUCUUGAUCUAAUCAAAUAUCUCGACGAAAACUUUGAAGGUCCUUCACUUCUUCCUAACGACCCCGCUAAGAGAGAGUUUGCAGAACAUUUGUUGUCCUACUCCGACUCCUUUAAUGGAGCUGGAUUUUCUUCUUUCAGAGCAGAUGGAAUCGGUGAAGUUGGUGCUGCUUUUGAUUACCUCGAGAAUGCCCUUGGCAAAUUCGAUGAUGGUCCCUUCUUCCUCGGAACUUUCAGUCUUGUGGAUGUAGCUUAUGCGCCCUUUGUUGAAAGGUUCCAACUCUUCGCGUCGGAUGUGAAGAAGUACGAUGUUACAGAGGGCAGGCCAAAACUGGCAGCUUGGAUUGAGGAAAUUGAUAAGAUUGAGGCUUAUAAAGUGACAAAAGCUGAUCCAAAGGAGUUUUUAGCAGCGUUAAAAAAGCGUAUCGCGUGCUGAGCUCUUCGGAUCCCUUGAAAUCACAUGGAAUUGGGAUGAGCCAUGCUCUUCAUCCUCAAGGCAUAUGCAUGUUGCAAGAUCAUGUAACAAGCUCUACUACGCCUAAUAAGAAGCAACUGCCUGAUCUCAACAUAAUUAAAUUGGAGGCUUUGCCUUCAGUAUAAGGCUGCUGUGACACUACAUUUUCUUUAUCAGACUGGUCUGCGUGUGAUUAAUUCCCAUGUCAUUUCAUCUUUCUGUACUUCCUAAACAUAUGAUAUAUUACUCCCUAGGAUGAAAAUGAGAGAUUUGAAAUUUACCAAAAUUGCUUUA